UUUCAUGACAAAGUUAGAGAGCUGGCGUGAUAGAAAUGUACCAAAAUCAUUUCUUGCUGAUGUAUUUGAUGGUAGACUAUGGAAAGAAUAGCAGUAUGUAGAUGGAAAACCUUUUUUAGCUGCAGCAAAAAAUUAUGCUUUUAUGCUUAAUGUUGACUGGUUCCAGCCAUUUAAGCAUUCAAUAUAUAGUGUUGGAGCCAUCUACAUGGUUUUAAUGAACCUUCCAAGAGCAGAAAGGUUCAAACCUGAAAAUGUUUUCUUGAUUGGAAUCAUCCCUGGACCAAAAGAGCCAAAAAGAAAUAUAAAUACAUAUCUACAGCCUCUAGUUGCAGAGCUUAAUCAGCUAUGGACAGGUGUCAAACUGAAAGUUGCUGGGUCAGAGGUGUUAGUUCGUAGUGUUUUGCUAUGCAUUGGUUGCGACAUCCCUGCUACCAGAAAAGUUUGUGGAUUCACAGGACAUGGCUCAAAUCUUGGUUGUUCUAAAUGUAAGACAUUUUCCCCAGGAAACGUUGCAACAAGAAUUGAUUUUUCUGGAUUUGCUCCUUGUGAACCCAGAACAAACAAAGAACAUAGACAGCAAGCACAAGAUACAGCAACAGACUUCUGCAGCUGAUCGAACUGCCAAGGAAUCACAAUAUGGUACCCUAUUCAGCGAGCUGACGUUUUUACCUUAUUUUGACUGUGUGCGUUUUCAUAUAGUGGACCCAAUGCAUAACUUGUUUACUGGAACUGCUAAACACGUGAUGAAAAAUAUUUGGAUUGACUCCGAAAAGCAAACCCCCCUAAUCAAUAAAAACCACCUAGGUAAAAUACAAGACAAGAUUGMUWAAGUCAAAGCUCCAUCAAGUAUUGGUAGGAUGCCGAAGAAAAUUGAAAACAGCUAUGGGGGAUUUACAGCUGAUCAGUGGAAGAAUUUUACAMUCAUCUACUCAGUGUUUGCUCUUUGGGAYAUUUUGCCAAAACCUGAUUUGCAAAUAUGGCAAVACUUUGUAAUGGCAUGCUUUUUAUUUUGUACUCCAGUUAUAACAGAAAACAAAGCAAUGCUUGCUCACACAUACAUAUUAAAAUUCUGCAAGGCAGUUGAAAACAUGUACGGUACUGCAAAGAUCACCCCUAAUAUGCAUCUUCAUACACAUAUUUUGGACUGCAUUUUGGAUUAUGGUCCAGUAUACUCUUUCUGGCUCUUCAGCUUUGAAAGGUAUAAUGGUAUCCUGGGGGAGUAUGGUACCAAUCAGAAAUCAGUAGAAAUUCAACUGAUGAGRAGGUUUACUUCUGAUCAAUUCUUAAGGGAUAUUCCAUUCCCCAGUGCAUUUCAAGAGAACUUUAAACCAAUUUUUGAAAGACUAUUGAGAAAACAAGCUGGAACUCYAAUGGAAAAUGCAUGUGACACAUCAACAGCAGAAAGUGAASAUGUAGGUGCUAUAGCCACGAGUCUUCUUUCCAUUGGMCCACUCAAAAAAGGASUUUGGGCCUGUGAURGUAACUUAUUUAACUGUAYGAUGGCCUAUUCUAGAGAUUGCCUGGACCCUGAAUUUUUACCCUUUUUAAAGGAGGUUUAUAACAAUUUGUUUGAUGAAGUUGAUGAAUCAUCUGUGACAAGCCAGUUUGAAAGAUACUCUUCAUGUUCAUUUAAUGCUGAGAAGUUAGGAUCAAGUGACUCAAUUGGCCAAAGAUCAUCAUUUAUAUUGGCAAGAUGGUGUAAGCUUGGUGGCAAAAUUGACAGAAKUGGUGUUCACUUAAGGCCAGGAAUAAUCAGAUACUUUCUCAARCAAAAUGUCAAAAUAGGAGGACAGUAUGUAUCUUGUGUUUUUGCUGUAGUCCACUGGUUUCAGGAACACCCUGCGAAAAGGGAUCUUGGGCCACCUGUUGAAGUUUGGUGCAGAGAUUUGUUUGAGAUGGAUGGUCCAGCAAAUUUCAUUCCUGUCCAAAGAAUCCAUCAAAAGUUUCGUGCCACUAGAAGCCUAUUAGACCGGCUGGAGGCGUUAAACGAAAAGGCUGCGUUAGAUAGGCGCGCUGAGGGGCUACAAGAAACGUUGGAAGAAAGGGAAGCAGAAUACAUGAGACAACACCGACUACUCCUUGAUGCUCAAAAGAGAGAACUUGACGACAAGAAUCAGCGAAUGAUAGAAAUGAGAGAACAAAGAGACAAUGCCCUACGCGAUAGAGACCAGGCCCAAAAGGCCUUUGAGCUUGCCCUACGAGACCUGGACAUGAGCAAGGAAGAAGCUAAAAACUUGCAUAUCACCAUAGCCGGCUCUUUGGAGGAACGGCGGCAGUUGGUUGCCGAAAUCAAUACUAAAGAAGAGCAAAUCCGGCAAAGAGAUCAGGCCAUCGAAGACUUGGAAAGACAAAUAGAACAACAGCAGGAGGUAAUCAACGACCAGGCUCAUCCCGAAGAGGAAAGGGAAGCAGCUCAAAAGGAAGUAGAAACCCUCGAGGUACGCCUUGCGGAAUUACAGGCACAAAAGGAAAACUUGGAAAAGGAGUUCGGCCUUACCACCAAGGAAAAGACCUUCGAGGCGUCCUCGACUGGGGAUAAGUAA